AUGGUGGAAGCACUUUGUAUUGGUGUUUCAGAAUGGUCUUCACAACCUAAAUGUUUCUGCAUCAAGAGGCAGAGAACAGUUUCCAUGCUUCCCGCUUUCUCUGAACUGAAGACUAUGUUGCAACUACCUGCCCCAUUUUCACAACCACCACCCUUCACCAAAUUAGUUGAGUAUUCCAAGAAAGACCUUGCUUUGAAUCCGUUGAGUGUGACUUUGACCAUAGCCGGGACAGUAACUAUCAAGAACAGUGAGAUCACUGAUCAUAAAGAGAUGAUGAUGGCCAUGAUGCAUCAACACUUUGAUACUUUCAACAAUGCCGUUCGUGAAAGCGGAAUUGUCUUGCAGCUAGUUAGCACCAAAACUGACCUCAGAACGAGGGAGUCAAAACUGAGCAACCCAGUUGAAUUGGAGUUGUUGAAACGCUUCAAGGUGGGGGAGGAGAGUUCCACAUACAAGGUUGAAUUUGAGAUAGAUUCAGAUUUUGGGUUCCCUGGAGCUGUUACUGUCACAAACAAAUACGACAAAGAGAUCUUUCUGGAAGGCUUUUCCCUUGAAGGUUUUGUGAAUAUUACCUGCAAUUCUUGGGUUCAACCUCAGAAGAUUCAUCCAGAGGAGAGAAUUUUCUUCAGCAAUAAGGCAUACUUACCUUGUCACACACCAGUGGGUCUGAAAGAGCUGAGAAAAGAGGAACUAAGACAGCUUAGAGGAAAUGGAAAGGGUGUAAGAAAGAGAUGGGAAAGGGUGUAUGAUUACGAUGUGUACAAUGAUCUUGGAAAUCCAGACAAAGGAAGUCAACAUGUGAGACCAAUAUUAGGGACCACAGAGCACCCCAGUCCCAGAAGGUGCAGAACUGGUCGUCCUCCAGCCACAACCGACAAGAAAUAUGAGUCCCGUGCAAAUUCAUCCGAGGAAACCUAUGUGCCAAGAGAUGAAGUGUUUGAAGGUGUGAGAAAGGAAGCUCUUGAUGGGGAAAAGUUAAAAGGGACAACCCGGAAUUUGAUUCCCUUGAUAAAAACUUGUAUUGCCAAAUGUGGAGAUUUCAAGCAACUUUCAGAUGUUCAACAGAUAUACAAGAGAAAGCGCGUGGAUAAAAUGAAACCUGAGAAGGAGACCCCAACAAAAUGGUCUCUACCUAUGACUAUGAGCAAGAUCCAAAAUGAUGUGGAAGAGUAUUUUAAAUUUAACACUCCACGUAUUGUCAACGGUGGUGAUGAAGAACUUGGGCGUCAAGCAUUGGCUGGCGUCAACCCUCUAAGCAUAAAAAGACUUGAGGCUUUUCCACCCGUCAGUGAUCUGGAUCCUUCGAUAUAUGGUGCACAAAAAUCUGCCCUAAAAGAAAAACACAUCAUAGGCCAUUUGGAUGGAAUGUCAGUACAACAGGCAAUGGCAGAAAAAAAGCUCUUCAUAUUGGAUUAUCAUGAUGCCUAUCUCCCAUUUCUGAGUGGCAUGAAUGCUCAGGAAGACAAAAAGGCUUAUGCAACUCGAACCAUCUUGUAUCUGACACCACUAGGUACUUUGAAGCCUAUUGCUAUCGAGUUGAGUCUUUCAGAGAGGGAAUCAUCCAAACAGGUCCUUAUUCCUCCAUUGGAUGCCACAUCUCAUUGGUUGUGGCAAAUAGCCAAAGCACAUGUUUGCUCCAACGACGCAGGUGUUCACCAACUUGUGCAUCAUUGGUUGAGGACCCACGCAUGUGUGGAGCCUUUCAUCAUAGUAGCCCAUCGCCAACUGAGUGUUAUGCACCCACUUUUCAAGCUUUUGAAGCCUCAUUUGAAACACACGUUGCAAAUAAAUGCAUUGGCUCGUGAGGGUCUCAUCAACGAAGGAGGCAUCAUUGAAUCUGACUUUUCUACUGGCAAAUACAGCACUGAGAUAAUCUCAGCUGCGUACAAAGAUUGGUGGCGUUUUGACAUGGAAGCCCUUCCUGCUGACCUAAUUAGAAGGGGACUUGCAGAACCAGAUCCAACACAUCCCCAUGGGCUAAGGCUAGUCAUUGAAGACUACCCCUAUGCAAAUGAUGGGCUUCUUGUAUGGUUUGCUUUGGAGAACUUGGUGAGGACUUAUGUGAACUACUAUUAUCGAGAUGGGAACAUGGUUCGGUCAGACAAUGAACUCCAAGCAUGGUAUAGUGAGGUCAUCAAAGUAGGCCAUGCCGAUCAUGCAAAUGCAAGUUGGUGGCCCACACUCUCCACUCCUGGUGAUCUUACUUCAAUACUCACCACACUCAUAUGGGUUGUUUCGGUUCAGCAUUCAGCAGUAAAUUUUUCGCAAUACCCUCUCGGUGGGUAUGUUCCAAUGCGCUCCCCACACAUGAAGAAGUUGUUACCCAAAGAAGGAAAUCCGGAGUACAAAGAAUUUAUGGAGGACCCAGAAGGAUACUUGUUGUCUUGCUUACCAAAUUUGUUUGAAACCACCAAGUUUCUUGCAGUGGUUAGCAUACUUUCUCAGCAUUCACCAGAUGAAGAAUACAUAGGACAGAGGAAAGACUUGUCAGACUGGGCUGGUGACCCUGAAAUCAUACAAGCUUUCUACAAGUUUUCAAUGGAUCUAAAGAGAAUUGAAAAGGAGAUUGAGAAGAGAAAUAAAGACCCAAAACUUAGAAAUAGAUGUGGUGCUGGAAUUCCACCAUAUGAGUUGCUCAUGGCCUCCUCUGAUCCUGGAGUUACUGGUAGAGGGAUUCCAAAUAGCAUAGGUAUAUAG